AAACAUAUAUCCUCCUCCCCCUCUUGGAGACGAGUCACGAUUCUACGAGAUAACGCGGUGGGUUAAGAUCUACCGCUACGAUGACAAGUCAAAGAAUCGGACGGUUGAUAAGCUAUCUAUCACUUAAAACGAUAUCCCGAAAAUACCCUUCUCUCCUUCAAGAUUCAUAGUACAAAUACGAAACUCUUCCUUCUUCCUUCUCUUUUUCUUUAUUGCAGCAAUCCAAAACCAAAUCGAAAGCAAAGAGUUUGAAAUUUUCCGAUCAAUGGUGUUUUCUGGUGAAGGAGGAGACUACAUGGCGACGAUGGGACGUGAGAGACCCAAGACUCUUCACAAUUUCACCCUCCCGGAUUUGAAGUGGGGAGUUCAGCGGAGUCUCAGGUGCAUGAAGCUCCAAUCUAACGGCGGUGUUGACGAUCGGAAUCGACGACUGUGGAGAUCAGCCGGCGAGGAAGGGAUCGAAGAGUUUGGGGAGAAGAUGAAGGAAUCGAUUUUCAGAGAACAAGUUGUAGAUUACGAAGAGGAAGAAGGGAAGAGGGAGAGGGAGAGGGAGGCUUCUCCGCCGUGGAAUUUACGGAAGAGAAGAGCAGCUUGCAAGGCUCCGGUUGCAGAGUCUGUAAACUGCGACGAAGAAGCGAAGUUCAUGUCGACGCUGACGAAGAAAGAGAUGGAAGAUGAUUACAUGACGAUGAUGGGCCACCGACCACCUCGACGGCCCAAGAAACGUCUCAGAACCCUUCAGAAACAGAUCCAUCUGUUGCAUCCAGCUUUUUAUUUUACUCAAAUUACUGAAGAUAUCUACCAAGUUCCAGAUGCUGCAGACACCAGAAAGAGGUGAUGAUGAUGAUGAUGGAGGAUCAGUUCCACUUUAAGUUUUACAGCCCUGUUUUGGUGACUUGUGGAAUCUAUUGAAGUUUGGAGUUUCAAAUUUUUUUUUCUUUUGUUAGUUUAGUUUGGUUUAUUCGUGUUACAAAAUGGCUGAACUAACAUGCAAGUAGGUUCUGAUGUAUUUAGAACGUACUCUUUGUCUCAGUAUAUCAUCAAACGGAACAGCCAAUAGCAAUCAAUAAGAAGAAGGAUGAACAUUUUCACCAAGUCUUGCCUUUUGUGACGACUAUUCAAGCUCCUUAGCUUUAGGCUGUUGUUUGUGUGUGUAUGCAUGCGUUCAUGAUUCUGUUUUUUUGGGUGCAUUCUAUCCUAUAUGUAAGAAGCUGCAACGUCUUUUCCGAAGCGUGUACGGUCAUUAUUAAUUCAAGGAACUAUACGAAAAAGUGGACUAAUUGUGCCGUGUGGAGGGCUUUUCUUCU